CAAAUUAAUGAUUAUCACGUUAAUAUCCAAUUGAAGAAAAGAAAUCAUUAAUCGUUAAUGUUUUUACUAUUUUUGGAUUUUGUUGUCGUUAUUGUCAACCAACUUAAUAGAUAGCCAUGAAGAAUGAAUGUUCGAUUCAAGUGACAUUUUAUAUUUCGAUUUCAAUAAAUUCUAUCCAUGAAUUGAAACACAAUGACCAAUAUUGAUGAAAAUCAAGUUCGAAAAUAUUUGAAUGAAAAUUACAAUUUUAGCCGUGAUUGGUUUAUUGAAAAUGCUAACGGUGACAUUAUUCGUGAAUGGUUCAAUUGUCGAAAAAAAUCCAGCAAUAUUUCCGAAAAAGAUGAACAAACAAAUAAUGGUAAUCGAUGGCUUAUGAAAAAUUUAUCAAUUCUUUCGAAUCAAUUAUCAACAUCGAACACAAGUGAACAACGAGAUCCAAAUUCAAUCACAAAAGAAUUACUUGAUAAUAUUUUGGAUAGAAAUUUUCGAAAAUCAGCUAAUUCGGAAAAAAUUCGUGUAACAACAAGUGAAAAACGACGAAAACUUGUUGGAUUAUCGGAAGAACAACUUUUGGUGGAAUUAAUUAUUGAUAUCAUCAAUGAAUUGGAUGUGGAUAUUUUAUGUCAUAAAAUAUUGACAAAUGUUUCCGUAUUGAUCAAUUGUGAUCGUGCAUCAUUGUUUCUGGCUAAAGGAAAUCGUAAAAAUCGUUAUUUGGUUGCAAAAUUAUUUGAUGUCACACCUGAUUCUCAACUACAAGACGCCUUGGUUGUUUCUGACAAUAAUAAUUAUAAUAAUAAUAAUAACAACAGUGGUGGUCGUCCAAAAGUCCCACCUAUUCCAUUUGGAACUGGAAUCGUUGGACAUGUUGCAAAGACAAAGGAAAGUGUCAACAUUAAGAAUGUCUAUCAAGAUUCACGUUUUCAUAAAGAAAUUGAUAUUCGAACUGGUUAUCAUACAAAAUCUUUGAUCUGUCAACCAAUUGUCAAUUCAAGUGGUGAUGUAAUUGGUGUUGCAGAAUGUGUCAAUAAACUUUCCGAUGAAUCUUGUUUUACUGAAAAUGAUGAAAAGGUAAAGUUCACUGUCUGUGUAUUGAUUUCAUUUUAUUUUAUGAUUCGCUUUUUGCAGAUUUUUCGAAAAUAUCUGACAUUUUGUGGAUUUAGCAUACAGAAUGCACAACUUUUUCAGCUAUCAAUUCUUGAAUACAAACGUUAUCAGCUAUUGUUGAACAUUGCAAAAGUUAUAUUCGAAGAUACAACCAAUUUAGAAACAAUGGUCAAGAAAAUUAUAGAAAAAACCAAAACACUUCUUGAUAUAGAUAAAUGUCGUGUCUAUAUCAUGUCUAGGCAACAAAUCUCGGACGAUCAUAAUAAUGAAAUAAAGAAUAUGUUUGAAGCCAUUUUUGAAUUGGAUAGUGAUACUAAUCAAGUCGAAUUGAUUAGAAUUGAAGAAAAUGACAACGGAUCGGAUGUUCCAUCAUAUUACGCUCAACAGGCAGCUGUUAAUAGAAAAACUUUGAAUUCUGAUGAAUUAUUAUUAUUGGAACCAGUGGUUGACAGUGUAAAUAUAGUUUUUAUAGGUUUCAAGCGAAAACUUUUUAAAAAAAAAAAACCGGACUAUCGUUUAUUUUUCUCUGGAAAACAGAAUCUCUCCAUCUUAUCGGUACCGAUUUUCAACAAUGAAAACAAACUUUUAGGCAUAGCUCAAUUGAUCAAAACAGAAUCAAAAGUAUUCACUGAUGCUGAAACUGGUGUUAUCGAAGCAUUUUCCAUAUUUUGUGGUUUAGGUUUACAAAGUUGUUUAAUUUAUGAGGAGGCAAUCAAAUUGAAUGCACAACAACAAAUUUCAUUGGAAAUAUUAGCCUAUCAUGCAUCGGCCAAUGAAGAAGAGGCCACAUUAUUCAUGAAUAAUAAAAUUCCAUUGGUAAAUGUUUAUCAUUUGGAUAGUUUUGAUUUUGAUGAUAUCGAAAUGAAUGAUGAUGAAACCGUUGCUGCAUUUAUUCGAAUUUUUAUGGAAUUAAAUUUUUUGGAAACAUUCAAAAUAUCUUAUAAAGUACUUUGCCGAUGGAUAUUGACUGUGAGAAAAAAUUAUCGUCGCGUCAUCUAUCAUAAUUGGCGUCAUGCAUUGAAUGUGGCACAAACAAUGUUUGUCAUCAUUGAGAAAUGCAAAUUGAAAGAAAUUCUCAACCAAAAAGAACGAUUUGCAUUGAUUGUUGCUUCAAUUUGUCAUGAUCUGGAUCAUCGUGGUUUGAAUAAUUCAUUUCAAGCAAAAACAAGUCAUCCAUUGACAAAAAUUUAUAGCACUAGUUAUAUGGAAAAUCAUCAUUUCAAUUGUACAAUGUUGAUUUUAAAUUUAGAGGGUAAUAAUAUUUUGGAAAACGUCAGCAGCACUGAUCGAGAAGAAAUUAUCAAAAUAAUAGAACAAUGCAUAUUAUCCACUGAUUUGGCUGAAUAUAUUCGGAAAAACAAAAAAUUUGCCGAUCUUAUUCAAUCAGCCAAAAUGGAUUUGAAUGAUUUGAAAAAUAAAGAACUUUUACGUGAUAUGCUUAUGACAGCUUGUGACUUGUCAGCCAUCUGUAAACCGUGGCCUAUUCAAAAACGAAUCGCUAGUCUUGUUGCCGAUGAAUUCUAUCUACAAGGUGAUCUUGAAACUCGUCUAAAUCUAAAUCCAUUACCCAUAAUGGAUCGUAAACAGAAAGCCAAUUUACCACAAGGACAAGUUGGUUUCAUCGACAAUAUCUGUCUUCCACUAUAUCAAAUUUUAUCAGAAUUCCGUCCGAGAUUGAAACCACUUUAUGAUGGUUGCCUAGCUAAUCGUAAAAUGUGGCAAGAAUUGAUGAAUGAAAAUGGCAUCAAUUAG